AUGGCCUAUAGGCAAGAGCCCAUGCGCCCGACUCAAGAAAAUGUUGGAGCAGCAGCCGCCCUGCGACGGAAUCAAAAGCUCGUGGUCAUAUUCAAGCUAUCGAAUGACUAUUGCUCGGGAACUUACUAUAUCCUCUAUGUCGGCUUCUUCUCAACCGACCGACUCAGCGAGCGUCUUGCGCGAUCCCAAGACAGGAAGCAGCAGCUCAUCACAUACGAAUCCUCGCCUGUGUCGUAUAUGGAGCAAGAAGUUGAUCUCAACAAGUGCCUUGGAUCGGAAUAUGUUACCCUUCGCAGCAAUCCUGGACCAGAUCGCGUCGCCAUCAACAGGAACCACGAAGUAUUCGGGCAAAUCACCCAUACCGGCGCCGCUGGCAAUGGUUUCGUCGGCUGCACAGGCGCAAUCCCGAUGCCCGACCGUAGACUCGCCGGAAAUCCAAGGCGCUGCGGAGGCGUGGAUCGGAUCUGA